AUUAUUUGACUGUCACACACAAAAAAAAAAAGAAACAACAAAUAUUGUCUACUCUUCUCUCUCACAUCACUGGCAAUUCCUCUCAUUCUCAUUCUCUCAUUCGUUCUUCCUCUCUCACAGGCGUGAAUGCACCGAUCUGGGUUCUUAGCAAAGGAGUGGCCUUCGACGGGGCCGUGGGUGCGUUUGGGAUGGAGGAAUUAUUAGCCAUUUAGCAGCAAGGAUGUAAAGCUAUUGGAUUCUUUUGGAACACAGAUUAUGGGAGUCAUGCACUGGGAAUUUAUUGAGAUUCUUAGCUAUGCAAUGGUUAUAACUUUAAAUGAUUGCUUAUAAUGGAGUCUAUUUGUCAGUGGAAAGAGGCUUUUUGCUGGUGACUCUGUUCUAUUUAUCAGGGAUGAAAAGAAACAUCUACUUCUCGGUAUUAGAUGAGCUUACAGGCAACCUACGAACCUAUCAUCAUCUGUAUUGUCAAGUGACAGUAUGCAUAUUGGAAUUCUGGCAGCUGCCGCUCAUGCUGCAGCCAACAAUAGUCCCUUCACUGUGUUCUAUAAUCCUAGCGCUAGUCCAUCAGAAUUUGUUAUUCCUUUUGCCAAGUACUACAAGACAGUGUGUGGAAACCAAAUAUCACUAGGCAUGCAUUUUCAUAUGAUGUUUGAAAUCGAAGAGUCUGGAACAAGAAGGUAUAUAGGUACAAUCACGGAUAUUAGUGAUCUUGAUCCCGCUAGAUGGAAGAAUUCACAAUGGCGUAAUUUGCAGGUUGGUUGGGACGAAUUAAUUGCUGGGGAAAGGCAUAAUAGGGUCUCAAUCUGGGAGAUUGAACCUGUUACAGCUCCAUUUUUAAUAUUCCCUCUCCAUUUUUCAGAUCAAAAUGUCCCAGACAACUGGGAAUGCCAGGAGUUGGCGAGUGAUGUUGCACACUAAGUUCAUGAUGCCAAAUUUCCACAAGAACUUGUGUUUUUGUAAGCAUUGGCGACUUGGGUCCUAAAUGUUUUGGUAUAUAUUGACUUUUUUAUUUUGUUUUAAUAUACCUUGAAUGAAAUAAAGUAUUAGAGAGAUAAAAUUAGUUUAUUGAACUAUUGAGUAUGGAAAAAUAUUAAAAGAAUAACUUAUGACUUGGACUGAGACAUUGGUAGUAAGAGAGUUGUGUAACAAUUGUGAGUAAUUUUAUUUAUUUACACUACAAUAAAAAUCUAGUUAUAAUUUUGUA